AUGCUGCAACAAUCAGGUGUAUUGAACUAUACCAUUCUGAUUGUAACUCAGCUGAAGUGGGCAUGGGAUUACCUUCUUUACCAGUCCUUUCAUUCUAAUGGAAUCAUAUUACCCGAAUAUGUCGAUGAUAUUAGCAUAACACGCUACGAAAGCAAUGGGAGUACAGUAGAAUGUGCUGUGUGUUUAUGCGGGAUUGAUGAUGGAGAUGAAACUAGGGAGCUAAGUUGCAAUCAUCUUUUCCAUAGAGUUUGCUUGGAUAGGUGGCUGGGAUAUGGGCACGUGACGUGCCCUCUAUGCCGGAAUAAUGUAAAGCCGCAUCGACUGGCUGCCAACGGCUACCAGGAGGAGAUAUUGAUCAACUUCUGUGCUGCCAGAUCAAGGGAUCGCUGUACAUGGUGGCUGCGUUGA